AUGAAUACUUUACUGAUAGGAUUAAGCUUUUCGCUCAUAUGUUAUUUAAACGGGCUUGACGACAAAAAAACAUAUUGGGGCACAGGAACUAUGGAUUUAGAAGCAUUGCCAUUAGAAAAACUUUUGAAAAUGAAAAAAGAACUUCGGAUAAAAAAUGAACGUGCGGAACGACGGGCAGACGAGGAGUCGGCGGCGUCCACGUUCCCGGUGGAAGAGGACGUCCCGAACGCCAUGGCCUUACGGAGAACUACGGACGUUCUGCACUCGUCGGCGGCCGGCAGUUCGAUGCAAACAGCCUUUCAGAUGUCCCUUACCGUCCUGUCGUUUUUAGCGUUCGGCGGCUACGUGAUCAGCCUGGUUGCGCAGAACAUGCGCAGACCUGCACAGUCGCACGACGGUGUCACAGCGUCGCACCCGCUCAAGGCCGUGGUGGUCAACCGAAACAAACGGCCGGGUUUGUUACUCAGACCGUCCGGUUCCACGACCACGGUCAGCUUCGGCCGGCGCAAACGGAGCCGAAGGUUUCCGCGAACCACGGCGACAUGUUUUUAGUAACGG